GCCCCACCGCCCCUCCCUCCGGCCUCAGACACCCGCCACUUGUCGCCUGGGUGAAACAGAAACUGAUCGCGCGCACACCUGCGUAUAUUGCGUCUGUUUUUUUGGCUCCAUAUUCUACCGCUAUGUCUCUGCGCACCGCCGCCUACGGACUCUUCAGGACCGCACUGAGGACCCAGGUGGUCCAGGUGGCUCGGGUCUCCUCCAAACCGGCCAAACAUAACGUCACUGCGGGGGAACAGGCCAUAGCGAUGACUGCCCUGUUCGUGGCCAUCCUGGUUCCGUCCGGCUGGAUCCUGGCCCACCUCGAGGACUACAAGAAGAGGGAAUAGACCCGGACCGGACCCCAAAUACUCCCACUGGACCAUGGCCGAUGGUCUGAGCAUCUACCUACAGUCUGUAAUAAACAGCUGUUGACCACCAGA